UAAAUACACACUGCUGUUACUACUGCGGCGUUUCCACACGGAACUAACAACUUUCUAAACGUUUCAUAUUGUAUAUGAUAGCUCUACCAAAUACGGCCACUCUUAGUUUUGUGCUGCUAUAGAGCUAUUUUUGCACCCAUAGCUACCAUUCUUGUUACAUACGAUCUACUAAAUAAAUCAUCACUGCUCGUAGGAAGGAGAAUAAGGUAACGUUUGUUGAACAUGACUGCUGCAAUUUGGCUGUGGAGAAUUCUUUUCCUUUCCUCCCAACUUCUAAUAUCUUGGACAGAAAAUACUAAAUGUGUGAGUAACGAUGUAUAUACAAAACUCAAAGAAGUAGACAAACUCAUCCAUCAGAUCAUAGGAUUUCCUCCGGAAAUAAGUCAAAUACCGACGGAUUGUACCGAUAUUAAAAAGCAGGGUAAUCAAACGUCUGGCAUUUACAAAAUAAGAAUAAUGAAAAAUGAAACAACUGCUUUUUGUUUCAAAGUGUAUUGCGAUAUGGAAACAGACGGCGGUGGAUGGACGGUAUUCCAAAGAAGAGGAGAUUUUAAACAACCUGUUUCCUAUUUCUAUAAAGAUUGGAAAAGUUAUGCCGAAGGAUUCGGAAAACUGGACGAAGACUUUUGGUUAGGCAAUGAAAAAUUAUAUUAUUUAACAAAUCAAGGAAACUAUUCUCUCAGAAUUGAUAUGAAAGACAAAGAAGAUAAUACUUCAUACGCUCAAUAUCGAGAAUUUAGAAUUGGGAAUGAAGAAAAUUUGUAUAAGUUACAUGUAAGCGGUUAUAGUGGUGAAGCUGGAGAUAGUCUUAUACAUCACACCAACAUGUUUUUCAGUACAUUUGACAGAGAUAACGAUAAAGCAAAUACUACUAAUUGCGCCCAAUAUUACGAAGGUGCAUGGUGGUAUACCAAAUGCCACUAUUCGAAUUUAAACGGAUUAUAUUUGAAUGGCAAGAACGAACUGAAAGGCAAAGGCAUAGUAUGGUACACUUGGAAAGAUUUAUAUUAUUCAUUACCCGUUGUUGAGAUGAAGAUUCGUCGUAUAUAAAAUUAACUAUGUUUGUAUAAAAAUAUCAAAUAUGAAAAUCAUAAACGUAUAUUGUAGAUAUAAAGCGUUUUAUUCAAUAAACAAUUAAGUAAUAUAUAUAUAUUAUAUUCUCUUUUUUCUAAUCUCAUACUAGAAAGCAAUAGGAGUAUUUUUUAACCUUUUGUGACAAUGCGCGAAGAGCCCGCUUAAUGCUUCGGCACCAGAAAACCGAAGGGUCGACAUCGGGUGGGUGUAGACCGCAAUAACAAAUUCGUCAGGACUGACACCACUGUGUCUUUAUGGACAGAUUCAUUUUUUUUUCCUUUCAUCCUAGAGGUCAAUAGUAGCACUCUUUACCCUUUCAUAUGGAAGAUUCAAUCAGGCCGGGGUAUGAGCACAGUCGGUAAGGGACUGAUUAACAUUGUCAUAACCGGUACACAAC